AUGAGACAGGCCGCAGACAGGACGGAGCUGGACCCCCGCAGAACCAGGCGCUCACAUCUCCAUUCUGCUGAAAGGGUGUUUUUAGCUUAUCCCAGGCUCUUGGUUGUGAAAGGGAAGAUAAGGAGAAGCAAUGGCUGCUCCAAACCAAUUAAAGCCGACAGGGAGUCCGGUGCUCCCCCGUCUCUCUCCCCCACACGCUGCCAUGCCAUGAACCCUUAA